AUGGGCUAUCAAGAAAGGGACAUCGAGCACGUGUCUAUGGCGGGCUUUGCGACAAAGUUUGAAUACCAUGACCGAGAGACAGCAGAACGCGACUAUCGCGCUCUUAUCAAGAUCCCCAAUCUGUCACAAAAGCGUCGCCAACGGUUGUUCGCCAACAUGACAACAUUCAACGCGAACAGAGCCGACGGAUUUUGGGCCAAGCGUGCAACCAUUGCCCAGGCGGGCGUGUUGGCAAUGAAGGCUGCCGCUGUGAGCAUGGAGGUUGGUCACCACCAAUCCAAAGCCAUCUAUCAGGAGUACCUUCCGCCGCAAGGAGUUGUUGAGCCUAAUGAUGAUGACGCUGAGGAUGGGGAUGAGGAUGGGGUUGAGGAUGAAGCUGAGGCUGGGGAUGAAGAUGAAGAUGAGGCUGAGGAUGAAGAUGAAGAUGAGGCUGAGGAUGAAGAGGAGGAGGAGGCUGAGGCUGAGGCUGAGGCUGAGGCUGAGGAUGUGGAUGAAGAUGAGGAUGGAGGCAGUGCCGACGAGGCCGAGGAAGAUUUCUUCAACGCCGAAUAA